GUAGUUUGGCGCGAGUCGAUCGUUUGACCCAAUGACGUGUUUCUGCGCAUGAGUUUAGCUAGCCAAAGUCGCCAUGACAUCGCCUACAUGUGUGAUCAGGGAUUUUUAUUGGAGAAGCAGUUUCUGCUCUCUUCACUGUACGGUCUUUGACUGCAUCCUGUGGGCACAGAACAACGUGAUAACGUUUUAAACAUGAAUACAUUUUGCUUUGCAAACCUAUUUCUGAAUUGAAUCAAGUGGAUUUCGAUCUACCGAGUUUAGUCAAGGAAUACCAACCAAAGGUGAGAAACCUUGUUUGAAAAAGUAUUUAUGUUAAAUCUAGUUGGCGUGCGGACCACGUUGGGUAUGCUAGUUUAGUUAGCCAUUUUCAAUGCUAUACUCCUGCUUUUCCAUCUCAAUAAAGUGAUCGAAGAAAGAGGUUACUUCCAUACGUUAAGUGUGUGUAGACGCUAGUGGGUAGUUAACCCAGGCAUAAUCAGUUCUAAGCUGUCUGAUGUUGCAGACUUAAAUUGUUAAUACUUAGGUAGCUAGCACAUGCUGCUCUGCAUACAACAGUGCUGACGUUUGUAGCUAGUGUUUCUGCCUGCUCAGUUUUAGAUUAGGUUUAUUUCAGUGUUCAUAUUUAAUGUGUUCCUCACAUCAAUUAGGUGGGCUCAAACUAUCCGAAGAUUGAGAGGAGCCUUAUCAACAUCCUGAAAUGGCUUCAUUCAAACCCACAAAAAUCCCAAUAUAUCCCAAACUUGGAGAGAAAGUUACUCCGGACACAUUGUAUUGGAAAAAUUACAAGGUAAGCCUGUCACACUGUCGAUGUAAGUGGUGUUGGUGGCUGCAUGAGUAUACUAGCUAUAACAUUUCCAUAUUGCAGUAACAAGGCAAUAAUAGCAUACUAUUGAACUGAUGAAGUUGACUUGUCUUCGAUUGUAUUCUCUCAACUCUUCUCUGUUGCUUGUUUUCAGGCCCCAGUCCAGAUAAAGGAGUUUGGAGCAGUCACAAGCAUUGACUUCUCCCCUCUGGCGCCACACAAUUAUGCAGUGACCGCUUCUACACGGGUAGGCUGGCCCCACUGCCGUUCAGACACAUUAGUAGUUAGUAGACUUGGACUCAAUGGUGGUUAAUUUAGGUUCUGACCUAUAUCCGUUCAUUAAAUCAAUGACGACAAUGGCAUAUAAAGUAAUUCCUUCUGUGAUCCAUCGACUGAACUACAAAUGAUGAUCUAAACAUUUCUGACCAUAGCCUCUACGAGCCAUCGUAAACAAUCAUACAGUCUUGAUAGUGUUGGUUUGCCAUCUACAUAAGCUGAAAGUGUGUGUGUCCCUCACUCUAAACCCGCUGCCUGUUUCAGAUCCACAUCUACGGACCGUUUUCUCAGGAGCCAGUCAAGACGUUUACGCGCUUCAAGGACACGGCGUACAGCGGAAAGUUCCGGUCAGACGGUCAGCUCUUGGUGGCAGGAUGUGAGGACUCAGUGGUGCGGCUCUUUGACGUUAGCGGCAAGGUGGCGCUCAGGGUGUUCAAAGGGCACACAAAGUAGGUCCUCAAUUCAACGUCACCAGGUUUCCAAAGUCUGAUAGGAAAUAAUUAGGGGACGUUUUCCAAUCAGUGGGCGAAAAUAAAAUGGCUAAGCGCAGCAGCAGGCCCAUUGAAUGAUGAUUCCUUGAGUGAUCCAUCGACUGAACUAAAAAUGAUGGUCUCAACGACUCUGACAACAGCCUUUGACAAGUGUCUUGUGUGGAUGUUUUGGAUCCCAUUUUUCAUUCCUUAUUACUGUGCAGAUAACACCUCUGGUGUUCUUUACUACAAUAAUUAACUGAACUGUGUCUCUCCUCAAGGGGGGUGCAUGUAACAGAUUUCACCUCAGACUGUUACCACAUCCUGACGGGCUCAGACGACUACACCUGUCGCCUGUGGGACAUCCCCAAUUCCACUGAACUGACCUCAUACAAGGAACACACAGACUAUAUCCGCUGUGGCACCACCAGCAAACUCAACAGAGAUAUCUUCAUAACUGGUGAAAUUAAGCACAGUUACUCAUACAAAGACAUGUUGUGUGAUGAUUCCUUGAGUGAUCCAUCGACGGAAGUACAAAUAAUGAUUUCUGACAACAGCCUCUACCAGCUAUCGUAAAGGGAUAGUUUGGGAUUUUAUCUACUUCCCCAGAGUCAGAUGAACUGGUGGAUACAAUUUUUAUGUCUGAGUUAAGUUUUAAGGAAGUUGGCAACUAGCAUUAGCGCAAUUGCUAACUAGCGUUGGAGUAAUGACGAAGUCUAUGGGAAGACCUAGCAUGCUAGCUGUUUCUGUAGACCAGAGGCAUUGCGCUAAUGCUAGUUAGCAUUAGCUUGUGAAACUAUCUCUUAGUUCCUUCAUACUGGACGCAGACAUAAAAAUGGUAUCCACAAGGUCUUCUGACUCUGAGGAAGUAGAUAAAGGGCUUCAUUGCCAAAAUCCCGAACUAUCCCUUUAAACAGUCACACAUUCUUGAUAGUGUUGGUUUGUCAUCUACACACAAGCUGAAAGUUUGUUGUUUGUUUCACUCUGUACUGUCUCUGUCCCCCACCUUCAGGCUCCUAUGACCACACACUGAGGGUGUUUGAUGCCAGAGUGGAAAAGAGUGUGAUGACCAUGGACCACAGCCAGCCUGUAGAGAGCGUUCUACUCUACCCCUCAGAAGGACUACUGGUUUCAGCAGGUAAGCUGUAACCGCAGAGAUGCAUAACCAUAAUAUUAUACUGUGAUCGUGAGUUACAUAAGCAUUUGUGGUCCUCAAGAUGAAGACCAGACACCACACUGGUAUGGUUGUGUCCCAAUAGUAGCGGCCUUACUUGAUCUCCUUUACCAACAUGGUCUCAGAGCAUGUUGUAUUAUUUUGUAUGUAAAUCCAAGACACUCCAUUUAGUAUGGUAUGAUAUGUAUACGUUUUUGGAUGUCCAUCACCCAUUUCGUAUGAUCUGUUACGAAUUACAAUUUGUAUUAUAGGUUACGAAUUUGCAAAACGUAUGAUAUGUUAGUCCCCUGUAGCUCAGUUGGUAGAGCUUGGCGCUUGCAACGGCAGGGUUGUGGGUUCGUUUCCCAUGGGGGGCCAGUAUGAAAAUGUAUGCACUCACUAACUGUAAGUCGCUCUGGAUAAGAGCGUCUGCUAAAUGACUAAAAUGUAAAUGUAAUGUUACGAAUUCUGGCUAGGUGGCUAACAUUAGCUAGCUGUCUAACGUUGGCUAAACUAGGGGUUAGGGUUAAGUUUAGGAGUUAGGUUAAAAGGGAAGGGUUAGCUAACAUACUAAGUAGUUGCAAUGUUGCAAAAAAGUAGUAAGUAAAUAGCAAAAAUGCUAAAGUUGUCCGUGAUGAGAUUCGAACUCGCAACCUUUGGGUUGCUAGAGUUUCGCGUUAUAUGCCCACCCAUCCACCCCGACCAGAGAUCAAUGAGUCAAUCUCAACGUGACUUCCCUGGUUAAAUAAAGGAUAAAUUGUUCAAUAAGGGUGCACUUGUCAAUUUAAUUUAAUUUUAUCAUGCAGUGCUAGCUGUGCCACUAGAGAUCCUGGUUCGAAUCCAGGCUCUGUCGUAGCCGGCCGCGACCGGGAGACGCAUGGGGCGGCACACAAUUGGCCCAGCGUCCUCCAGGGUAGGGGAGGGAAUGGCUGGCAGGGAUGUAGCUCAGUUGGUAGAGCAUUUUCCCAUGGGGGGCCAGUAUAAAAAAAAAAAAAUGAUGUAUGCACUCACUAACUGUAAGUCGCUCUGGAUAAGAGCGUCUGCUAAAUGACUAAAAUGUAAAUGUAAAAUGCCAUCCCCCUCAAACGAUAAAUAUGUGUAUCUUUGAAAUUGACCUCAUACCUGUGCCCCUCCGUUAUUUGUUGUUGUGCUUGUCGCAUCUGUGCUGAUGGAGGAAAGGACCGUUUAUACCAGAUUGUUGUCUUCCCCCACACAGGAGGGCGCUAUGUGAAGGUGUGGGACCUUCUGAAAGGAGGCCAGCCUCUGGUGUCACUGAAGAACCACCACAAGACCGUCACCUGCCUCGGUCUCAGCGGCAACGGACAGAGACUGCUCUCUGCCUCACUCGACAGGUGUGUGUGUGUGUGAGCAGCUCUAGACAGACGGCAAUCUGCGUACCUGGACAGAUUUGUGUGUAUUGCAGCAGGCAUGUUAAUUCCUUGAGUGAUCCAUCGACUGAACUACAAAUGAGCUCUUCAACUCUGACACAGCCUCUGACAAACAUAUCAUAUUUUAUUAACAAGAUGGUUAUUUUAACGGCACAAUUGGUAUGUUUUGAUGGAUCUCUUGAUUAGAUGAAUAUGCAUUUUUUUUUUUUUUUUACCCUCCAGGCACGUGAAAGUCUACAACACAACCAACUACAAGGUGGUUCAUAACUUUGACUACGCCGCCUCCAUUCUCAGUCUUGCCCUGGCUGUAAGUUCACUAGUAAUGCCAUACUGAGAUUUAGCAAUCCGCUAUUAUGAUGAUGUUUGAUGUGUGGAUUGUGUAUGGAUUGUGUAUGAAGGCUUGAAAGUUUCUGUGUGUGUAUGUUUAGCCUGAUGACGAGUCUGUUGUCGUGGGGAUGACCAAUGGCGUCCUGAGCAUCAAACACAGGAAGAGCCCUGAGGAGAAACAGGAAGUGGCUGGCAAACAGAGGAGGAGGCCGGUGUACCGCAUCUUUGUCAAAGGAAGAAACUACGUCCCGAAAAAGGCAAGUGCAUAUUCCCCCAACUGUUUUAUUCUACUACAUUUACAUUUUAGUCAUUUAGCAGACGCUCUUAUCCAGAGCGACUUACAGUUAGUGAGUGCAUACAUUUUCAUACUGGCCCCCCGUGGGAAAUGAACCCACAACCCUGGCGUUGCAAGCGCCAUGCUCUACCAACUGAGCUACACGGGGCCCCAAAGAACAAUUCUACAACAAAGAACAAUUCUCACUAUUGUAUAAAUGUUUGCAGGGGUUUUUAACCCUGUUUCUGGAAAGCUGCAGUUGUGCAGGUUUUUGUUUUAGCCCAGUACUAUAACACCUGAUUCAAUUAAUCAGCUACUCAUGGGGACUUGAUGAUAUAUGAACCAGGUGUGUUUUUGCUGGGCUUGAAAAAAAGCCUGCACAGUGCACACCCUAAAGCUCUCCUGGACCAGGAUAGAGGAAUGUUGUUCUACUGUGAGGAACUUCAGGUAACUGCCCAAAAAAAGGAAAUGGGGUGUUGGGCCACCACCAUGAGCUAGAACAGCUUCAGUGCACCUUGGCAUAGAUUCUACACGUGUCUGGAACUCUAUUGGAGGGAUGCGACACCAUUCUUCCAUGAGAAAUUCCAUCAUUUGGUAUAUUGUUGAUGGUGGUGGAAAAACGCUGUCUCAGGCGCCGCUCCAGAAUCUCCCGUAAGUGUUCAAUUGGGUUGAGAUCUAGUGAGUGAGAUGGCUAUUACAACUACAUUUUAGUCAUUUAACAGACUCUCUUAUCCAGAGCGACCUACAGGAGCAAUUAGGGUUUAGUGCCUUGCUCAAGGGCACAUCAACAGAUUUUUCACCUAGUCGGCUCAGGGAUUCGAACCAGUGACCUUUCGAUUGCUGGCUUAAUACUCUUAACCACUAAGCUACCUGCCGACUAUGGCAUAUGGUUUACAUCGUUUUCAUACUCAUCGAACCAUUCAGUGCCCUGUGGGUGGGGUUAUUGUCAUCCUAUGGGGGCAUAGCCAUGAUAGGCAAAAUAAUGGCCUGCCCAGCAUUUUUAUACAUGACCCUAAGCAUGAUGGGAUGUUCAUUUCGUAAUUAACUCAUGAACUACACCUGUGUGGAAUAACCUGCUUUCAAUAUACUUUGUAUCCCUUAUUUACUCAAGUGUUUCCAUUAUUUUGGCAGUUACCGGGUCAGCCAGAUUUUCAUAUCGUCAUACCAUUUUUCUCUCAUGCUGGGAUUUAUGGUAUUACCAGCAGAGUACACAUGGGGGCACCAAAAACGCAAGGAAAGCCUAUUGGGAAUGCUAACAGAAUUUGCAUGAACUAAUAGCAAAAUCACAGACUCUGUUAGCUAAAUGCUAAUGAGCGAAAACGAACAAAACUAAUUGCAAAUACAGGCAAAUCCAGCUCAUAAAAUUAUACAAGUAUAGCUAGUAGCUACCGAAAUAUCAUUUUUGGUGAGUGUGGACAUUUACAAGCGAAAGUUACCGAGAGAAAUUGUGCAAAUAAACUAAAUUGUGAUGCAUGCUUUUCUGAAGGAAGAGCAGCAUGUGUACAUGGAGCAGAGGGAAGAAGACGGAGGAGGAAAAAACCGCUAGGAGGAAAGCACUGGGGGGAAAAUGGCAGCCGUACAGAAUCGAGCCCACAGCCAUGCAAUCUCCAUAGACAAACAUUGGCAGUAGAAUGGCCUUACUGAAGAGCUCAGUGACUUUCAACGUGAAACGUCAUAGGAUGCCAGCUUUCCAACAAGUCAGUUCGUCAAAAUUGUACCCCGCUAGAGCUGCCCCGGUCAACUGUAAGUGCUGUUAUUGUGAAGUGGAAACGUCUAGGAGCAACAACGGCUCAGCCGCGUGGUGGUAGGCCACACAAGCUCACAGAAUGGGACUGCCGAUUGCUGAAGCACGUAGCUCGUAAAAAGUCUGUCCUCGGUUGCAACACUCACUACCGAGUUCCAAAUUGCCUCUGGAAGCAACGUCAGCACAAGAACUCUUCGUCGGUAUCUUCAUGAAAUGGGCUUCCAUGGCUGAGCAGCCGCACACAAGCCUAAGAUCACAAUGCGCAAUGCCAAGCGUCGGCUGAAGUGGUGUAAAGCUUGCCGCAAUUGGACUCUGGAGCAGUGUAAACGCGUUCUCUGGGGUGAGGAAUCACUCUUCACCAUCUGGCAGUCCAACGGAGGAAUCUGGGUUUGGCGGAUGCCAGGAGAAUGCUACCUGCCCGAAUACAUAGUGCCAACUGUAAUGUUUGGUGGAGAAGGAAUAAUGGUCUGGGGCUGUUUUUCAUGGUUUGGGCAAGGCGCCUUAGUUCCAGUGAAGGGAAAUCUUAACGCUACAGCAUGCAAUGACAUUGUAAACGAUUCUGUGCUUCCAACUUUGUGGCAACAAUUUGGGGAAGGCCCUUUCCUGUUUCAGCAUGAUAAUGUCCCCGUGGACAAAGUGAGGUCCAUACAGAAAUGGUUUGUCGAUCGGUGUGGUCAGCACAGAGCCCUGACCUCAACCCCAUCAAACACCUUUUGGGAUUAUUUGGAACGCCGAUUGCGAAGCCAGGCCUAAUCACCCAACAUGAGUGCCCGACCUCACUAAUGCUUUUUGGCUGAAUGGAAGCAAGUCCCCGCAGCAAUGUUCCAGCAUCUAGUGGAAAGCCUUCCCAGAAGAGUGGAGGUGGUUUAUAGCAGCAAAUGGGGGACCAACUCCAUGCCCAGGAUUUUGGAAUGAGAUGUUCGACGAGCAGGUGUUCACAUCCUUUUGGUCAUGUAGUGUAACUCAUCCAGAGCUCUUUGACUUCUGGCUAUUAUAAGAUAUCUGAUGGCAAAUAUUUACUAGUGAAUUGCAUGCAAGUGUAACUUCAUCACAUCAUAGGUGCCGCAUAAGAAGAGACUCACCAAUAGAUAUAGAACGCUAUGGACUCAGUUCUCACUUUCUCCCGUUGGGCUAUUAACAAACACGUGACUGGCUUAAAUGUUCAGGGAAACUACUGUAAGCUUCAUAAUGUAAAAUAAUGUGACCGGUGAAAUGAAGAGCGCAAUCUGCUUUAUCUCCUAACGUAUUGCACUAGUUGACUGCAGGUAUUUACUUAAAAAGUAGCUCCAAAUAUUUAUUGAAGAACUUCAAAGAAAUAUUUCGACUGUAUUGAAAAACCAUCCGGUGGCUUUUUUUCAAAUACCCCGGUAUACGGUGUUCAACCCAAGCCUAAUGGUCAGGAUACUGUGACCCUACUAACGGUACCAGAUGGUAGCCUUGAAGUCGUUCAGUGCUGGGAUCCUAAAUGCUAUGAACAACAGGCCUGUUGAGUGAUGACACCUUGAGUGAUCCAUCGACAGAACUACAAAUGAUGAUCUCAACCACAGCCUCUGACAAAUAUAUUAGUCAACAAGAUCAUGUUUAAUGGCAUGUAUUUUCAAUUAAGGAUAUAGUUACAUUCUCCAAGGACUUAUUUUCAGUCUACUGUUUGAAUUCAGAUAACUCUCCAUUGUUGAAUUCAGUAUUUUUUUUAAAUAUGAGAAACCACAUUUCCAUCCACAGUUGUUAUGCGAGUGAAGUCAUACCGUAUAAAACAAUUAUUAAUAAUCACUACAGCUGUGAUGAAAACAGGAAGUUUCAGUACAAUUUUAUAAAUGCUGACAGAUCAUGUUUGUUCGACAUGGUGGGAUCUUUUUGUGUCUGUAAAAUUAAUUAUGCGAGAAAUGGCAGUGGAAACGCCUUUAUGCCAGGGUGCCCGCGGGUCCUUAAAGUCUCUUAAAUGAAUUUAUCUGAUUUAAAGGGCUUAAGUCUUAAAAUGUUUUCAAAGGUCUUACAAAUGUGAUGGAGAUGACUAAAGCUUUUCCGUUAUAUUGUGUUGCUGCUUAAUUGCUGCCACCAUGGCAAUUAUGAUUUUUUUAAACAUAAAACAAUUCUUGUGUGUGCACGUCAUGUGCGAGUCGGGCCGUUGCUAGAGGAGAGAGCAAAGUAACCUAUACAAUUUGAUAGACAAUAACACUAACUAGAGCUGGGACAAUAAACUGAAAAGCACCGACAUUGCCCCCCUCUUACCGAAGUAAUUUAGGUGAUUAGACAUCCCUGCAGAUUUGUUAGCUCUAAAACCAUUAUUUGGUCAACGCUAAUGUGCAUUAACCUGCUUCCUGCAAUGAAAGUAUUUGCCCUGUCCCUGUUUCGCUGCUGGCUCUCACUCCCUCUCCUCCUUUUGCGCACGGAAUGAAGGGAGAGAUCCAUCCUGAUAAGUGCAGGCAUACUGACAGUUGAGCAACAUUUCGAAAUGUAAUUGUGGGAAAGACAGUUUCUAAAACAACUGCAGUUACUGGAGUCUCAGCUUUAUGCGAGUAUAACUGUAAAUAUAGAGGGAAUAGCUAAUCAUGGCUACCCGGACUAUUUGCAUUGUCUCCCCCACCCCACCCCCUCUUUACGCUGCUGCUACUCUGUUUAUUAUUUAUGCAUAGUCACUUUAACUCUACCUACAUGUACAUAUUACCUCAACUAACCUGUGCCCCCGCACAUUGACUCUGUACGGGUACCCCCUGUAUAUAGCCUCCCUACUGUUAUUUUACUUUACUGCUGCUCUUUAAUUAUUUUUUAACGUACCUAUUUUUUUACUUAACACUUAUUUUUCUUACAACUCUAUUGUUGUUUAAGGGCUUGUAAGUAAGCAUUUCACUGUAAGGUCUACACCUGUUGUAUUCGGCGCACGUGGCAAAUAAAAUUGAAUUUGAAAUAGCCUACUCCUUUUUAUAAAGUGGGGUUAUGUAAUUGAGAUGAUGCGCAAGCAGAACGGAGCGGACAGCGCCGUUUGCGCCUAAUACAUCAAGUAGCCUAGCAACAAUAUUAUAUUUAGAGUUAGCAAUCUAGCUAAUGUUUUUAGAAAUUAUGUAGCAUAGCCUAGGCCAAUAUGCACAAAAAAACAUGCAGACAAAUUCAUCUCUAAAUAUUCAGAAAGAUAUCUGAUUAUUCUGCACUAUAUUUUGACAUGUUGCACAUCAAAACAUGUCAUGUAUUCCCUGAACAUGUUAGAUGAACUAUCUAUCUUCUUUCACGUCUUAUUUGGCACUGGAAAAAGUCAGUCUAGAGCCCUCCCGCUUAGCUACCUUGCUUUGAAGUAUAGCCAUGAGAUACCUGAUACACUGAAUGAGGGAAUUAUUUUAUUGUACUUUUUGGUUGUAGGCUAAUGUUCUAAUGUUAUAGCAUAAUACCUCCAAGAGAGCUACUGGGUGUGUAGACUUUUGUUCCAGCCCUACUCUUAACACACCAGAUUCUACGAAUGAACUGCUCAACGGGACCUUGUUAAUCUGACUCGUGUGUUUGAGCAGGGCUGGAUCAAAAGCCUGCAUACCCAGUGGCCUAGCUCUCCAGAUGGAGAGUUGACCACAUGUUUUAUACAGUAACAGUGCUGACUUUAAGGAUUCUGAACACUUAGUUUGUGAUCUAGCCAAACAAAUGCAGAUAACAACCCCAUGCUUCAGCCAUCUAUAGCCUAGCCACUGUGCUACUACAUCCGUGAGGCUACAGGAGAAUGCUCAUUGCUAAAAUGAUAUGAGCAAAGUAGGCUGUAGCCUUUGAAAGAACCAGCCCUAAAAAUACUACUUUUUGCCAACAUGGGCUCAUUUCUGGAGAGGUAUAUUAGCAGGUGUGGUGCGCACAGAUCUCAAAAUUGGUAUUCGUUUGCAUUCCAAUUGGCAUUAAAAGGUUUUAAGUCUUAAAUUCAACUUCAUGGAACUUGCAGAAACCCUGUAUGCGCAAGUAUUGAUAGUAUCCAUCAUAUCGAGUCACACGAUGAUAUCGUGUGUGGUCCUCCCACUACGACUCGGGAAAGCAUGCAGUUUAUUAGGCUACAUGCAGAUAAAAUAACUUAUGAUGAACUUCACAGGGUGAUGUUGAUCCUGCUUUCCAAUAAAUAUUGAGGGUCUGAUUCUGGUGACAUGAUUGACGCUUGACUGCCAUUUGACAAAUAUAAAUAUUCUUGCUCUUAUCCAUAAUAAUCUCAUGUAGACUAGCUUACCCACACUGUAUCUGCGAGCUGUUGGCUAGAGCGCACAUGCCAAGACCAGAAUAGGCACACUUGCUAAUUAAUGCAACAGUUUUUGUGACAAAACUAUCAGGGUUGAAAACACAAUGGAAACACAUUGAACUUUAUAUUUUUAUUCAAUGCAAAAAAGUACAUUGUGUGUGCUACGUCAUCACCCACUGAUCUUUAUCUGCAACAAUUCCCUUUGGUGGAAACACCACUGGUGGGAAAAUGCACACAUUUUCUUUAUGCAGAUUUUUGCUUGCUAGUGAACUGAAAUCCCCCUCUUCCCUCCUUUAGGAUGACUUUCUUGUCAGCAAACCAGUGAAGAGCCAUCUGGCCAAAUACGACAAACAGCUGAAGAGAUUCAACAUCUCCAAGGCCUUGGAUACCGCCCUGGAGGUACAAUGACUUUCUUUGUUCCAAAUGGAUCCCUGAUGAUCUCGGCAACUCAGACAAAUAUCUUGAUAGUGUUUAAGUUGCUGAUUUUUAAGUGUGUGUGUGCACGCAGUCGUGGAGGAAGAACAGAAAGCCUGAGAUCACGGUGGCGGUGAUGAAGGAGUUGGAUCGCCGAGGAACAUUGAAUAACGCUCUGGCUGGACGAGACGAGCAGAACCUCUCUCAACUCCUCAAUUUCCUGAUUGGGUAACACUCACUCAAAUACCCAAUUCCAAAUCAGCGCCUACCUACUCCCUAGUGUUUGUUUCCUGUCCAUGUGUCUUUUAAAAAAAAUGUAUUGGUAUUUUCUCUUUGAGAUAGUCACGAAUGACAGGGGUAGACCGAUAUGAAGGCACAGGCUGGAUUUGAACCAAUGCUGCAAGGGGCGAUGUGUGGUCAGGAGUCUGCAGUACAACCACUACACGAGACUGCGGCACACGUGUUGUGUCUUGACUUUGUUUUAUCUUCUCCUUCACAGGAAUGUAGUUGAUCCCAGGUUUACGCCUGUCCUCGUCACCGCCACUGAGAUGAUUCUAGGUGAGUUUGUGAAACAAAUCUCUCUUUUGUUAUUUAUUCUGAGUAUGUAUACAGACCUGCCAACCUGCACACAUUUGAGGUCAAAGUAGCUAAGGUGUCAUAACAACAAAGGUAGCGUUUAGUCAACUAAGCAAGGACACUUUCUUGCCUCCACAUGCUUUGAUAUCCGCAACGGUAGUAUAAUAUAAUAUGCCAUUUAGCAGACGCUUUUAUCCAAAGCGACUUAGUCAUGCGUGCAUACAUUUUUGUGUAUGGGUGGUCCCGGGGAUUGAACCCACUACCUUGGCGUUACAAGCGCCGUGCUCUACCAGCUGAGCUACAGAGGACCACGGUGCGAGCGCAUUGACGAGCAAGGAAACGUGCGGUGUUGCAGUAGUUCAUUGCGCGUCGCUGCGUGAAUGGAAACGGACAUCGCAGAGAUGUUCAUCUAUUACUGUCCUUCGCAGAAAGUAAGACAGUUGUUUCAUAUUCCAAAUAGCCUACAGUACAUUGCAUCCAGUAAUUGAAUUAUUCUGAAUUUUCUCCCCAAACUAAAUUAAGCCAGUUUACAUUUUCACUGGACUAAUUAUAAAGACACCUAUUAAUUAGAAUAAUCAUUACCCCUAAAUUUAAUCUAGAAAAUGUGUCAUUGAGACCACCUCAAUUUAAUUUAGGAUCAAACAAGACGUCUGUGUUGGCUACAUUAUUUGAUAUCAUUUAAGACUCUUGAUUUCAGGAAAUGACAGUUACAGGAUAGUUACAACCCUACCAUUCCUACUGAGGCAGUCAUCUGCCAAAUCAUUAUUAGGCAAAAAAAGGUGCGUUUGCCUAUGAUUUGAGCAGUGUGGGUGUCACACGCUUGCCGUUGUGGGGUCUGCAGGGCCAGGGGUGCCGCCGCGCUGAAGUUGUACUCUUAAAAAUUCUUUAAGUUUGGCAGAUGUGUGUGUCACGUUCUCCUGUCCUCGGUCUCCUCAGACAUCUACAAGGCAGUGGUGGGUCAGUCUUCAGUAGUGGACAGACAGCUUGUGCGUCUCCAGGAGCUGGUGGAGAGAGAGAUUGACUACCAGCAGGACCUCCUGGAAGUGCUGGGGAUGUUGGAUACCCUAUUCGCCUCAUCCCUCCCCAGGAAAGAGGUGCCUUGCCCGGGCAGCAGCCGGCCUAACGGCUUGGCAGAGGGGGGUCUGGGGGCGCCAGGGCCACAGCUCCAGGCCGCCUGAGGCCCCUACAAAAGACUGUUCCACCGGGAUGCCUGGGCUGCCCCCGGCACGACUAGUUCCGGAAGCGCUUCUCUGUCUUUGACGGAACAUCGUCAGACUCGAGAACCCAUGACUACAUCCUGCUAUCUGAAUUUACACCACCAACUGAAAAAUGAAACCAUUGAUUUGAGCAACCAACCUGAGCCUCGUUCCUGCUGGGCUCCCUGGUUUUAACAGAGAGGGUCUUUUAACUGGCUCCAGAGAACGGCCAAAAUGGGUUUGACUCUUCAGAGACAGUGUUUUGUAAAUGUAUACAUAUCUGUAUGUGUGAUUUAAAUCUCUGUAUCUGAUUGGACACAAAGCGACAAUUAAUUUUAUUGGAACGCCAUAAAAUUGUCUUUCACAGCUAAUGUUUCUCUAAACAUUGACUGUUGUGAGUGUAUUCCAUUUCUCUUCGCCCUAUCUGUCCAUGUUUGAGUUUUUAUAGAAUUUGCAUACAUUUUCAAUGUGCAGUAAAUAAAAUAAAAAGAAACCUGAAGUAAACUAUCAAAUUUUGAAAACAAGGCGUCCUGGAUCCUCUUUGAUAACUCUCACAUGCGCACACACAGUAUACUGUCCCAAUUAUCAUUCUCUCCUUCCUCCCAAAGUGUGC